ACAAGCUCUAGUUCAGAUAUCGAUUCGAAACGCAUCUCUACCAAUGGCGAGUCCUAACGGAGAAGAUUCAGAUGGAUUGGAGAUAAUAUCGAUCGGAACUCUAUACGAAGGAUCUUUGGAGAAAAAGUAUUGGAGCAGCUCUAGGGGUAAAGAUCGAUAUCCAUAUCCAAUUGGGUAUCAAGCUGUUCGAACUCAUAUCGGUAUAGUAUACAGUAUGGAAAUUCGUGAAGGACUCAAAGGUCCAUUGUUUGCGAUUUCUUCAAAUGAUGGAGAGUCAUCUACAGGACAGACACCAGAUAUUGCUUGGGAAAGUUUUCAAAAGAAAGGUGGUCCUAGGGUGAAAUCGGGGUUAGGGAAGAGAUUCUCUUGCAGGAUCGGCGGUGUUGAGCUUUUUGGGUUCCGAAAUCCACUUGUUCAGAGGCUACUUCGUGAGCUUAUCACAAAUGUCAGUGGGAAAGCACAACAGAGUAUUUUAUCCUCAAAUUUUAGUAAUGGGGAUGGUAGAGUAGAGCCUGAAAUGCGGUCGCCGGAUUCAAUCUUAUAUCCCGACCUAUCACCAUCCCUAGGGAAGCCACAGAACAUGAGAAAGAGAACUAGGAAACACAAACUUAAAACUUUAAAUUUAGCUAGUGGGGCAAGCCUUAAAAGACUCCAAACUCAAGUUUCUUUCGACAAUACUGAGAUUUCUAUUACUACCGGAGGUAAUGGGAGUUCUCAUAAUGAAAGAAGAUGUUUAUCCUCUUCAACUUUAAAGGAAAAUUGCCGAGUAAACAAGGAUACUGGAGCUUCACCAUUAUCUAUAGACAGGCUUACUUUGGUUGACAAGGGAACUGAUCCAAUCCCAAUCAAAGAUUGUUCCCUUCACCAGUCUCUUGAAGAUUAUCAUGGACAAAAAUUGGUUUUAUCGCAGGAGAUCAGAUUUCUUAAUCCCCAAAAUUCUUCAUUCAGUUGUUUGCCUAGUGAUCCGUCUAACGAGGAGAAAAACCUCCAUAGGUUACCUAUUGCUGAAAAUAAAGUAUGCAACUCAUUGCUCGAGACAGAAGAUAACUACAGAGAGAACAUUAAUUUGCCAGACUCUAACACUGCUAGUGGUUUCGAUCUUUGUGUUCCUGAUACUUUGGAAGUUCUGCACGGUAAUCCUGAGGUUGUUGCUGAUUCCGAUGAAGAAUUUUACAAGGAAAAGUCUUGCAAUUACAAAAAUGAGCUGGUGGAAGCCAAUAAAGUUGGUUGUGAAGAACUGAUGAUGGACAUGCAUUCAGAACAACAUUCGGAACCAUCUCUUUCAUAUGCAAGUGUUGAGAAGAGCGAACAAGAUUCUGUUGGACAGGAGGCAACUAACUCAAUGAUGACACUACUUCUUCCACAAGUACUGCCACUACUUAAGAAGACACGACGUAACAAACAACCAGCUCCUCACAAUUCUGGAAUUUCUCUUUUUAUAAAAGAUCCAUCUUUGGAGUUUUCAGCGGUGAAAACUGCAGGUGAAAAUGAAGCUGGAAUUCUCAUCGAGGGUCAUAAUGUUCAACAUGAGCAAGUGAUGAGUUUCAGCCCAGUACGUGGUUCAGAAUUUGUAAGUCAAGAUGUCAAUCGUGUUGUUCCAGACAGCGAGGAUGGCCAAUUUGGGGAUCAUGAUAUUUACCACAGACCUUUGUGCUGUGAUUUAGUUACAGAUAGAAACACAGCUUUUGAGCAGAAGGAAUAUAACCUUGAUACUUGGAAGUCAGUUGUAUGUGGUGGCGAGGAUCAAGAGUUCUCAAACCUUAAUGCUGAAACUGGUAGAAAAGUUGAAGUCCUUCUUGGUGAAGUAUCAGAUGCUCAAAACAAAAUGGUGGGAAAUGAUAACUUCGUACCCGACUCUCCUUUAAGUUGCAUUUCUCCAGAUAGGCAAAUCCUGUUGGAUACAGAACCACCAAUUAAUGCACCUCUUAAUACAAAUGGGAACUCACUAUGCCCUCAAAUCCAAUCUGGAGUGGGUAGUUUUACCAAACAAGAGCUUCGGUUAGAUUGCAAUAAAGAUACUCCUCUGGAACCAACAUUUUCACCACAGAGUCGGUUGUUGUCGUCUAUUGGUGAAGCCAUGCCCAAAUCUGUUGCAGAUAAUGGACCAGUGAAUAGUUCAACUAGAUUCCAUGGUAAAGAAACUGCGUCUAGUUCUCAGCUUGUAGCUUCGUGUUCAAAGGCAUCAAAUCUUGAGCUGCCGUUCCUCUCUUCUAGUGUUAUGAAGAGCAUUAAGUCUCUAACCAGUGAUCCACCUGAACCACAACUUGUUCAAUACCAACGCAAAAGGCGCUCUGCAGCUAUGAAGCUGCAAAAUACCGAUAACCCCGAGGGUCAUCCUGAUUAUAUUUCCCAUAAAAAUCAAGGAAGUAUUGACUGUCUCCAGCCAUCUUCAACCAGGUGUAUAGAAGAUGAUCGUAUAAAGGGUGUUGAGAGUUCUUUUGUUUCAGAAAAGGGAGUUGGCUCGGAAACAGAUCGCGCCUUUAUGGAAAUGCCUGAUUUAGCUCACUCAACUAGGAGCCAUAGUGGUCCCGUAAGUGAAAGUAUAUGCAGGAACACGAGAGAGGAUUGUGUUCCCGAGGCAUAUGCUGCCACACUAUCUGAGACAGGAGUUGUCGAAACUUCAGGUAGCUUCUGCAAUAGAUUGGUUACAGUUGGAAGUGAAACUAAAACUGGUGAACAUCACCAGGGUUUAAACGCGGAGAAGGGCAUGGCAAGACCCAAAGGCACGUUCAUCUGCAUGUCUUCUAGUUCGUCCCUGUCUGAAGCAGUUGCUAUCCAGGAAAAAUCUGAAAAUGUGGAAACACAUCAUCUUGAUUCUGUCACUGAGAUGGAAAAUCGCUUUUCACUGGAUAUAGAGCCUAACGAAGACUCCAAGAACAUUGUUGAGCUUCUUGGAAGCUACCUGCACCCAAGUCCAGUUCUGUCUAUGCAGCUGAUUUCUCAGGGGGGUGACAUCCAUAUUUGUGUUUUAUGCGGACUUCUGCAAGAUAGAAAUAGAGUGCUUUUCAUCUACAAGGUUCCUAUAAAAGAAGCAAAGGGAGGGUGCCCUUCUUUCCUUGGUUACACAUCAUUUAUCUUACCAGGUUCUGGUACUACUUUUGCUAGAGAGAAUGCGUUUGAGAGAUCUGGAUGGCAAUUCACUCCAGAUGGGCAGUACCUUGUUCUUCCGAAUAGCAUCAAAGCAGCGUCUUGCAGGAAUCAGAGCCCACUUUGUUCAUGUUCUGUGUGUAAAUCUGAUUGCUUGGAGGAGAAUGCUCUAAAAAUUGUGCAUGUCAAACUUGGUUAUGUUGCUCCUGUGGCAAAGUUGAAGACAGCCGAGAGCGUUUGCUGUAUCUUAGUAUGCGAACCUAACCAUCUUGUUGCUGCUGAAGAGAAUGGGGGAUUGCAUGUGUGGGCCAUGAAUUCUAGAUGGAGUGCAUCGGAGAACGAGUUCGAUUUACCAGGUUUGAGCUAUAUAUCUCCUAGUUUAGUGGAGUUAAAAAGAGUUCCCAAGUGCGACUCCCUACUCAUCGGUCAGGAUGGAUUCGGAAACUUUGGUCUAUGGGAUAUUUCCAAGCGCAUCCUACUAUCAAAAUAUUCAUAUACAGGCAGUUCAGUCAUCCAGGUCCUUCCUAUUGGCUUCUUCAGAAUACCUUCUUUUUCAGGUGCUGACGUCGAGGAGCAUAUAAAAGGAAUCAUGGCUGCCACAAAAGCUUGUUUUUCAAGUUCCUGCGAAGAUCCUGCCUUUUUUUCACCAAAUGAUGAAGGUAUGGCUGUCUGGGUUUUGAUUUAUGCUGCUGGUGAUUCCGAGAUUCAGUAUCAGCAUAGAUCGAGUGGUAUCAAACCAAGGCCUACUGGGUGUUGGAGACUAGCUCUGUUGGUGAAAAAUACGUUGAUCUUGGGAAGUGCUUUAGAUUCAAGGGCUUCGGCUGUUGAUGCAUCGGCAGGAUAUGGGGUUAUUGGUACAACUGACGGGCUUGUGCAUAUAUGGGAAUUAACCACAGGAAUGAAGCUGGUUGAUCUGCCUAAUAACAUUAAAGGUGGGUCUGUUUCAUGCAUUGCUUCUGAUAAGUCAGGUGUGGUAGCAAUAGCCAAUGAACAAGGUCACUUACUGGUUUAUGCAACACUGUCAAAGGGAUUUGAGAAUCUAGUGCGCAGAUAAGUAAAAGCAACUGUCUCCUAGAAUGUAUCACCCUUUUUGUUGCUCAUGUGGGUCAGAACAUUUAGUCCUGGUCAUAACAUGAAUAACUGCCUAGCAUGUGAGGCUUUCAAGGGUCUAAAUUCUUUGCAAAUAUGUGUAAAAAUAUGUUCCACCAUGCAUAUCUAAUAAUCUAAAAUCAUUCUUCCA